GUGCAUGGUAACGGAGUAGGUGACCUGUCUGGUAGCCUGUCUCCUCAGUGUAUUGCUAUAGAGGAAAACUACGCCUAUUAAAACGUAUUUAUGAACCCGUUUGUGACCUCGGUUCAGUCGAGUGUUAGGGUGGCGUGUGGCGUUAGUGCUUGCAUUAUGGAGGGGGAGGCCAUCUCUGCCCUGUGUACCCCUGCUCUGGUGGUCGACGUGGACAAAGUGAAGAGGAAUGCCCAGAGGAUGAUUGAGCGCUGUCAGGAGCUGGGGGUCCAGCUUCGGCCGCACAUGAAGACCCACAAAACUCUCGAGUGUGCUGACAUAAUGACUGGCGGAUCACGGAGAUGCAUCGUGGUUUCCACUCUGGCUGAAGCCUGUUUCUAUGCCGACCACGGAUUUGAUGACAUCCUCUAUGCGUACUCUCUUCCCUUUGAUAAGGUGGAGCGUUGUGCAGCCCUAUCAGAGAGGCUGGAUCUCUUCCAAGUUUUACUGGAUCAUCCUCAGGCUCUGGAGCAGCUCAAAAAGAGACCCCUGAGGGACGGUCGGCUGUGGCACGUCUGGCUCAAACUCGACUGUGGCAACGGGAGAGCUGGUGUGCUGCACUCAGAACCUGAGGCGCUCAGACUGGCUCAGGCCAUCACUGAGACAGAGGGUGUGGAGCUAACAGGGGUGUACGCUCACUGUGGGAACACCUAUAAUUGCAGAGGAGUGGAGCAAAUACAGGCUGUCGCCCAGGAAACCACCAACUUUACUCUGCAGUUCAUGGAAAAACUAAAGGCUGUUGGCAUCACCUGUAAGUCCAGCAUCGGCUCCACCCCUUCCUGUAGUCACCCAGUCAAAGACAUGGCCCAGCUGAGUGAGGUGCAUCCUGGAAACUAUGGCUUCUAUGAUGUGCAGCAGUCUCUGAUUGGCUCGUGCAGUCUGGAGGAUGUGGCUGUGAGGGUGUUGACCAGAGUCAUUGGACACUCUCCUCACAGGAACCAGCUCCUGAUUGACUGUGGAUGGACUGGACUCAGUCUAGACGGAGCUGGCAAACUUCCCACAGGAUAUGCCAUGAUUGAAGGCCACCCAGACCUCAAGUUGUUGUCUAUGACUCAGGAGCACGGCAGAGUGGAGCCCAUUUCAGGACCGCUGGACUACAGCAAAUACCCCCUGGGCUCUCUGCUCACACUGAUCCCCUACCAUUCCUGUGCAACUGCGAUGAUGCAUCCUGUGUACCAUGUGCACUCUGAGGGUCGUCUGCUGGGGAAGUGGACACCAACACGUGGGUGGUGAACAGUGUGGUUAUACGACACCUUGACAGGAUAGCUAACUGAACACUAGAGGAUCAACUUCUUGGAGAAACUCAUGUCACCUGUGAUCGAUUUAAUAAGUAGAGGACGACUGUGGUUGAAUAUUCACCUUCCCCUUAGUGUAAGAGUACUCCAAAAUUGACUGAUUAAAUAACAUGAAGUACUUUAUGUAAAUCUGUUGCCCAAUUUUUUUUACUAAUAUGAUGUGAUGUGAUUAAAAUCAAGUUUUAGUACUACA